AUGUCUCUCUCUGGAUCGGCCUUUACAUGGCUCACGACGUUGCCAGCCAACUCCAUAAUAUUCUCGGCCGAUCUAGAGAAGCAGUUCCACCAGUUCUUCUACUCUGGUAUAGAAGAUAUGAAGCUAACUGAUUUGACCAAUUUGAGACAAAGGAAUAAUGAAUCGGUCGCUGCCUUCAUUCGGAGGUUCAGAGAUGUCAAGAACCGGUGCUUCAGUCUGGUUCUGUCUGAUCAGCAGCUUGCAGAAGUUGCUUUUCAAGGACUCUUGCUGCACAUCAAGGAGAAGUAUGCAUCUCAAGAGUUCUACAGCAUCAGUCAGAUGGCUCAUAGGAUGACGAGGGAGGUUAAACCGUAUGAGCAGAAGAGAAGCAACUUUCAGAAGAAAGUUAAUUUUGCUGACUACUCAGAUGCCUCCGAUUCAGAUGAUGACCAGAUGGUGGGAUCAGCUGAGUGGGUUCAGAACAACAAAGAGCCCAUCUCAUGUCUAUUUGGUAACAAAGAACCCGAGAAGUAUGGGUUUGAUAUUACUAAGGCUGACAAGAUCUUCGAUCUGUUGUUGUUAGAGGGACAGAUUAAGCUGAAACCAUAUCACAAGAUCCCGACAGAUCAGGAGUUGAAGAACAUCAAGUACUAUAAGUGGCAUAAUGCAAUAUCUCAUGACACAAAUGAGUGCAAAGUAUUCCGUCAGUAG